AUUGGGACGCAUGAUGUGCUGGUGAGGUAAGCAACUACCCGUAGGGUAAUAAAUCGAGAGAUCGACAGGAAAAUCACAGAUUUUAUAUGUUUUCAAGAUCUCGAAGAUCUCUCGAUGUGUCCCACUUUUGCUUACUUUUAGUUAGUCCGUUUUAAUGUUUAUACUCCCAAAGGAAAAUCGUUAUAUUCCACAGAAUGGGGCUGUGGUACUGAUACAGACAUAUAGUGACAUUUCUUUGAAGUUUGAUAUGCUUAUUUUUAGCAAAUUUUAGGGUUUACUGUAAACCCUAAAAUUUGACUAUACUAUUUGACCCGUUUACAACUUUAUUUACUGCUUGUGCUUUAUACGUUAUUUUUUGUUUCGAAUUUCGAAGUGUCAUCAGUUUCCCUAGUAAUUGAUCUAUCGUCGAUAGCUUGUUAAUCAUUUAUGCCGAUUGUUCUUCGGGACAGUGGAAAGUUUGUGGUCUGGUGAUACUGGCAAACUGUGAUCCAUGCGCUGUUAUCCGCUUGCAGCAGUGGGUUGACUGUGUUUUGGUGGUAUGUCAGUGUGAGGGCUUACCUAAGAGCGGGCAGUGGGGUCUGGUGGGAAGGUUUUAAGUGGAAGGUGAGGAAGCGCAGGUGUUCCUGGAUCAAGGAUAUAUCAGGGAGAUGAGCGAGAACGGCGAUGUGGGCCAGUCUGCUGCAGCAGCAGCGACGACUGCAGCGGCUGGCAGUACGAAUGGACACCUCCUGACGGGCUCCCCCACUCCCACUUCUCCCGUCAAUGGCAGCGCGGCUGCUUCCCAAUUUUAUCAGCUAAAAGUGGAUAUUGUUGCGGGCAAACUGGCCAAUAAAGGAACGGGCCUGUUCGGCGGCAUCUCGCCCUACGUGGAGCUGGUGGUGGACGGACAAACACCGAAGAAGACGGAGGUGGUGAAGAAGUCGCAGACGCCCAAGUGGGACGACAACUUUGUCGUAUUGAUCACGGCACAUUCCGUCCUGGAAUUCCGCGUCCUCGACAAGCGCACCCUGAAGAUGGACGCGCUGUUGGGCGCCAAACGACUACAUUUGUACAAAGUGCUGAAGGAAAAUGACGGCAACCUUGAGGACGUCCAGGUGACGUUAGAUCUGCGCGCGCCACGCCCCACCAGUUCAUCCAGCGCAAGCGCCGCGAUUUCUGCUGGGGAACUAUCUAUUAAAUUAUCAGGCGUCAAGAUGAAUAUGGCCGACGUACCGGCGCCGCGUCGGCCUUCGCGCAGCAACAGCGAGCCCACCAUCAACACUCCCUCCAACGCCGGCGCCGCCGCUACCUCACCGGUCUCUUCGCACGAAGCAGUUGCCGGGUCUGGUGUGAGCCUGCCACGGGCGUCGUCCGGCCAGGCGCUGACCACCAAUCCAUCCACUCAUGCCUCGCCUAGUCGACCUAAUCCUAUUGCCACCAUCAACAACGCCCCCAUUCCUUCCUCGUCGGCCACCGCGGCCAACAACCCGGCUCCUCGUGCGCGUCCGUCGAAAUCACCGGCGCCGCAACCAUCCGCCGUGGGAAUGGUGGAGCCCCUUCCGCCUGGCUGGGAGCAGCGGCAGGAUCCUUUAGGUCGUCCGUACUACGUGGACCAUAACACCCGCAGCACGACCUGGGAGCGUCCACAGCCGCUGCCCCCGGGCUGGGAACUGCGGCGCGAUCAGCGGGGCCGCAUCUACUACGUCGACCACAACACGCGCACCACAACUUGGCAGCGCCCAACCCUUAAUGCUAUUCGCAAUUUCCAAAACUGGCAGCAGAAUCGACCAGAUAUGCACCAAGUGGACCAACGUUUCUUGCCGCAGCAGGGUCAGGUGGUAGAGGACGACAAGCUCGGUCCGCUGCCGGAGGGCUGGGAACGGCGCAUCGAGCUGGGCAGCGGCCGGCCAUAUUACGUGAACCACCGUACCCGCACCACGCAGUGGGAGGAUCCGCGCACCCAGGGCGCCGGCGAUGAGGAGCCGCUGCCAGAAGGCUGGGAAAUGUGCGUCACAUCGGAUAACCGCACUUACUUUAUCGAUCACAACACGCGCACCACCACGUUUGAGGAUCCGCGAAAAGGGAAAUUGGCGGGUCCCAAAGGCGCCUACGGGCUGCCGGUGGCAUAUGAACGCAAUUUUCGCUGGAAGCUGUCGCAGUUCCGCUAUCUGUGCCAGUCAAACCAGGUGGCCAGUCAUCUGAAGUUGAUCGUCGGCCGGGAAAGUUUGUUCGAGGAGUCUUAUGCACAGAUUAUGCGCUUUCCGGCUUAUGAUCUGCGCCGGCGUCUGUUUAUAUCAUUCAGGGGUGAAGAGGGAUUGGAUUACGGCGGUAUUGCGCGGGAAUGGUUCUUUAUGCUGUCGCACGAGGUUCUCAAUCCCAUGUACUGCCUGUUUGAGUACGCCAAUAAGAACAAUUACGGCUUGCAAAUUAACGCCGGGUCCUACAUCAACCCGGAUCAUUUGCAGUAUUUCAAGUUUAUUGGCCGCUUUAUUGCCAUGGCGCUUUUCCAUGGCAAAUUUAUCUACACGGGUUUUACCAUGCCUUUCUACAAACGGAUGCUGAAUAGGAAACUUGUGAUGAAAGACAUUGAAUCUGUGGAUCCGGAGUUCUAUAAUUCCCUGGUUUGGAUUAAGGAAAACGACAUUCAGGAGUGCGAUUUGGAAGUGUUCUUUGCGUCCGAUUUUGAAGUGCUGGGCAAGGUAACGCAGCACGAACUGAAGCCGGGCGGAGCACAGAUUCCAGUGACGGAGGAGAACAAGCAGGAGUAUCUGGAGCUGGUGACACAGUGGUAUUUCUCGCGCGGUGUCGAGGAGCAGUGGAAGGCCUUCAUGGAGGGCUUCAACGACGUCAUUCCUCAGCAGUGGCUGCAGUAUUUUGAUGAGAAAGAGUUGGAGUUGAUGCUGUGCGGAAUGCAGGAGAUUGAUGUCAACGACUGGCAGCGCAACACCGUUUAUCGCAACUACACGCGCACCAGCAAACAGGUCACGUGGUUUUGGCAGUUCGUUAAAGAGAUCGACAAUGAAAAACGCUCGCGUCUGCUACAGUUUGUCACAGGGACAUGUCGCAUUCCCGUGGGCGGCUUCGCGGAAUUGAUGGGCAGUAAUGGUCCGCAGAAGUUCUGCAUCGAAAAGGUAGGCAAAGAAACCUGGCUACCGCGAUCGCAUACCUGCUUCAACCGGCUGGAUCUGCCGCCUUACAAGAAUUAUGAGCAGCUGGUGGAGAAGCUGAACUAUGCUAUCGAGGAGACGGAGGGCUUCUCGCAAGAGUAAUGCAGCAGUGGCGCCUAGGCUGGCCAGACGAGCCUCUUUGGUGCGUUUCCUUGUGAUUGCGUCCAGUCCGUUCUGUUCAAUGGACGGCGUUGGUCGGGUUAUAGUGUUUAUAUUUUCCGAAUGCUUUCCCGUUUUUCGAACUGGCAGCGACUGGCAGAUGCCGGAAAGCUUUUAUUCUGUAGCACUAUUGUGUUUAUGAUUGUAUCUUUUAUGGUAGGUUUACCGCCGUUUAUGUGCUUUUUAUUUGCAUGAUUGUAGUCAUGCAUGCAUGCCGCUCUUUUACGUUUCAAUAAAGAUUAUUGCUG